AUGCAAAUCUCGGGAACAGCCUCAGGGCGUUUCUACCGGGCUUUCUACAGAUGGACUCUCCUUACAUCACCGCCGCACUCCCGACGGACCACGACGCAAGCUGUCGAGGACGAUGCCUUCUCGAUCCGUGCUCACCCCUCGGCCAGUACCCAUUCCGAUUCGAGAAUCCGCAGGAGACUCAACAAGGACCUUAAAAGGGCAAGCAUAGACCAGGCAUCGAGCGUGAAUAACAGUAAAAGAGCUCGUGGAAAAGGAGCAGCUCCACUCCAAGGUUCACGUGCGGGUGCGCCCAAACCGAGGGUUAGGAUCGUCAAACAUGAGACUCGCACGGAGAAAUACGCUGAGGUGAACGGGGUUCCAAUUAGGAAAAUAAAUAUUCGUUGGACGGACUUCGAGGAUGGCGACAAUACUGAAGAAGUUGGCCCUGCUGAGCUCUCUAACCACACCGAGGUCGACUCAGAGCUCGACGGGCCAUCUAAGCUUCUGAAUCGCAUACCUUUCGCCACUGAAUCGGAGAGGCCAUUCUCAACAUUGGGACUUGGAACGAAGGUUAUUCGAGAGCGAUCUGAGACCGUUGUUCGAGUAGACUGUGUGAUGGAUGGGCAGCAAGUAGAGCAAUUGCGGAGCAAGUAUGGAGAUCUCUCUUCGUGGUUCUGGAAUGAACACGUGGUGCAGGCACAGGUACAGGAUGGGAGAGGACAAAGACCUGACGAAGACGGCAUUAAGGAUCUUGAGGGUCGAUGGCUUGUCUCCAUUUCUAGUGACGUCCCGGGCAAUGUCGUACGGGCACUCCUGAUUCUGGACAAGCACAGACUUGGGAGACCUCACGAUAGGAUGGUCGCGGGGUCUUCGCAGGUAAAAGCUGGAGACUACAUCGUACAACAUCGCGAUGGCGAUCAUGUUGAUGUAAAAUUUGCUCUAAGCAAUACUGCGCUGAUGGCCGCCCAAAAGGAGUACGGGCCUGAUCUACAAUUGCUGCUGGAGCUUUUCAAUGGUGAGGUCGGUCUCAUGGCCUCAUCGAAGCAUCCAAUGAAGGCGCGAAACCGACUUGUCCAUUCGGUCUUCAUAUCUGGAACGCACGCCGAUGCUGAAAUCCUGAUAGACCAUCUCUCUGAGUUUACCUGGUGUGAUUCUACGCCUGUCGGAGAGGAGUCCACCUCGAGUACUAAGGAGUCGGUCACGCCCCCUGCAGAAAACUUGAACGUUGAGGCUGUCGCGGAAGAUGAAAAUGAUCCACUCGCCGGUUUCAGGCAUCUCUCGCGGAUUGAAGCGCCUGCACGCAGAUUACCUCUGUACACGCACGUUCUUCGCAAACGAAAGAGGGACUUUGCUGAGGUGGAGGUUGUCCUGCCAGAUGACAAGUUCGAUCAAUUCAUGGCCCGCAAUAGUCUUGCGUCGGUGCAUUCCAGAUAUGACGUCCUUGUCAAGGUCGGGAAGCCUGAACUUCUACUGUCUAACAAUCACCCUGCUCCAAAAAGAAGAGGCCGCUCAUUCCGGCUGCAAGGGCACCCGCAAGGCGUUCGCGAUGCAUGCUUUUGGCUCAAGGAUGUUUUUCGGGAAAUAGAGCGGUCCGACACCGCGGAACAGGGCAAGAACGCGGAUUCGGGGGCUCCUCAGGCUGCGAAACCUUCUCUAGCAAGAUCUGAUGGCGAGAGACAACCUGGGACUGAGCAGGAUAAGACCGCAACUGACACAUUUGGCUCUUCGCGAGAUACUUUUACAAGUACGCCCCGCGCCAUUAAUCAGGUCCAGGUCCGCGAUAGCGGUGCUGGCCACGAUUCUGCCGGUAAGGGAGACAGCGCUCCCGGUGCAAGCAAGCAAGAUCGGCGUUUCAUGGUCCAUAUUGGACCUGGUAACGCGAAGAGACAGCGGAAAAUUUACAUGGUGCUUCGAAGAUUUGUAAAAGGCUUACCGAACACCAAGAGGAUCCCCGGUCUUACAGUAUCUCUUGGCAAGAUCUUCAUUGAAGGACCUCGAGAAACGGUCAUGAAAGCUAGACUGUUGCUCGAGGAUCGACUUGCACAGGAAGUCCGGAACAUGCAAAUUUCUCUCGUCCCAGCAGAAUUAGAGAGCUCAGAGCCUCUCCCAGAGGAAGCGUACCAGCGCGUGAAAGUUCAGGUAACCGCUGAAAAUACUGGCACAAGCCAACAGCAUAUUCAUGAACUGCAUAGCUUCGUGGAUACUUUGUCUCAAACUGUCCGCUUGCCGAUGCAUCAUUACGCUCAACAUGGACAGUUGUACCUGGUUAGUACACCUGAAGGUCUGCAAAGGCUUCGAAAAUCGCUCGUACGUCGAGUUCGGCAGCAGGACCCAAAAUUGCGAGUCGAGCUGCAGCCCGUGGAUAUGAACGCAACAAUGCCGGAAGUGCCAGCUGCGAAAGAAGUUGGGGAUGAAAGCGUGCCAGGUCAAGAUGCUGGAAAUAAUGAGACGCGGGUCGCACCUCCGCAAGCUCAGACGGCACCAACAAUAACACGAGACGCACUCGAACAACAACAGCAGUGGGAAGACGAGGCUGAAACGGUAAAGAGUAAAGCGGCAGAUUCCUCAGCCCUCUACAAGCGGAAGUAUUCCAUUGGAGAGAUCAGCCUCGCGCACAAGUCGAUUCUACGCACAGUAAAAUUCGAAGAAUUGCGCGCUAUAGCGAUGGAGACGAGUUGUUCAUCCUGCUCGAGAUCUGCAAUAGGAGGCGACAUCUUCUUCGAGGUCAUGGGCAAUUACUCGUCACUGGUAAGAUUCGAUGACAUGCUGAAAGCUCGAUUGCGAAUCGUAUGUCAGAGCAGCGGUAUUCCGAGUCCCGAGGUCAAGUUUGAAGAGUCCAAAGCCUUUACCGAACAGACCUCCGGGAACAAGACGGCCUCGCAAAUGGCAGAGUACCUUCAAGAAGCUGCCAGAGUGAGCGACGAAGUACGUACUGCCCUUCGAACAUUGACGCAUCCUGUCGUUGUCAUCACUUCUCAAUUGAACGAGGCAGAGGAUCGCAAGCAUAAUCAGGGACGAGGCGCGCGUGCUGUAACGGUCUCGUCCUUCAACACAGUCGCACUCAAGCCGCAAGCUAUCGUCUCUUUCAAUCUCAAAGUUCCAAGCCGGACGUGGGACGCAAUCUCUGCGUCGAACGAGUUGCGCAUUCAUCUCAUGGCAGCCUCACCAGCUGGCGCGGCCGCGGCGAACAUCUUUACGCAGGCCCAUGACGAACCGGAAGACGGCUUUUCACAGCUGGAGCGACUGGGCGUCGACAUCACCUACUCUCAUGGAUCAUUUCCCCCAUCAAUUUCGCGACCGGAUACUGUUAUUGCACACAUCCGAGCGCACCUAAUGCCCGAGAAGUGCGUCCAUGUUGGCGACCAUGUCAUCGUGGUGGCCAGAGUAAGUAACUGUUACCUGGACGAGCGGUCGAGUGAGGACAGCGAGGCAGUUUACGGGUUGGCUUAUGGCAAGAAGGCGUAUCGGGGCGGCGCUGACGAGAUCCGAUUGCCCGAACCGCCAUCCGCAGAGGCCAAUUCGCAUUCAUCAACAGGUGGCCAGGUUAGAGACGAACCUUCCCAACCCGAAGCCUCCCAUGAUCGUUCGUAUGCCGAGCCUCAGUAUGAUUUUGUUUUCGACCUGCUGCGAGCAACGAGAGAUGCCAGUGAGAGGGUCCCGUCCCGCCAGAAACUCGACGUACAUAGCUUGCUCUCAGGCAUUACUGCUGAUGGACUAGGAGGGGAAGGCUACAGCUUUGGAUACCAACAUGGAUGGCCUCAGAUGGGUUCUCAGCCAAGAGGGGACCGAACUGCUCAGCCUCCUAAUACGCUCCGCUCAGGAAAGCAAGCUCGGAGUCCUGGAGUGGCAGACUCAAAUGCAGCUGAGUCUAUGCCACAAGUUGCAGACACACCGCUGUGGGGAGCGAAAGACGUUGCGCGCGAAGACUCGGAAAGACUCGCAGAAAACGAAGCCCCUCGACCUGCUCCCGCUAAGACCUCAAGAUCGCUGUACCGCGCGAUAAGCGGAAAGGGUCGCGGAGACUCGUCCUCGACAUUCGCGCGUGGCCGCCCGCCAGGCUUCUCGGCCAAACGCUUCUUCUCUUCCAGCUCGCAAAAGCCGAAGGUCGAAACUCGCACGCACGAGAUUGAUGCUCGGAUCAGGGAUCAAGUCGAGCCCUCGGCUAUGAAGAUGAACGUUGCGGAUUACUUGUGUAUACCUGAAGACAGGACCACGUGGAAAGUCAACCGCGCUCGUGCGUUGCGUAGGUUGAAACGGGAGGCCCGACAGGCAGAACGGCGGCUACGGAAGGAGGAGGGAAUGUGCGAUGCUGACCGAGCGGAACUGAGAGACAUGAUCGAACGUAGCGAUCGCAUUAUUUCCAAGAAACUCGCGAAGACCGCUGCUGAUGAUGUGAGAACAAUGCUUGAUAAAGGACGGGUGUACUUUGAACGAGCGCAGUUCAUGGAGAGUGCGAUUGAGAAGGGGCUGGCAGUGGUGCUGGAGGAAGCCAAGCUUGUCAGACAACAGCUUGAGCAGGGUAAGAUUGACAUGGUGGAGUUCGGGGAGGUCAAGGAAGAGCUGGAAUCUUUCAAUGCUGUUUUGACGACGGAGGCGAACCGGCUGAGGCAAUAUGCGGAGGAGUAUGUGGAUGGGCCUCCAGAGAAUACGCAUGGAGACAAUGAAGGCGGAGAGAAGUUUGAUGGAUUUCAGGGGAAUCGUUGA